UAAUAUGUGCAUGCAUGGUCAGUCAGUCAGCCGGAUCAACUUGUAUUUUCAUACGGGAGUUAAUCAUUCUGUGAAUACUUCUUCAGCAAAAUAAAUAUUAUUUAAUAAAUUUAGAGCACCGUAAUUGUUAAAAAAAUAUGUCAUCAAGCAUCGAUGCCAAAUUUGGACUUCACAAGAAGUAUAAGGGAUUAGAAAAGAAUGUUUGGGUGGAGUUUGUAGCAUUUGUCGCGGAGCAUAAAGAUGUGCUAAAUCUAGGACAAGGCUUCCCAGACUUUCACCCGGCAGAGCAUGUAACCGCAGCACUGGCGAAAAUUUGUUCCAACUCUGGGGACCCUCUCUUACACCAGUACACCAGAUCCUAUGGUCACAAACGAUUGGUUGACGCCUUGGCCAAAAUGUAUGGCAAAUUAAUUAACCGAGAGAUAAAUCCCAUGACGGAAGUCUUGGUCACAGUUGGGGCUUACGGGUCCCUCUUUGCCACAUUCAUGUCGAUGAUCGGCCCUGGGGAUGAGGUGAUUCUCAUAGAACCGCAUUAUGAUUGUUAUCGCCCAAUAGUUCUGCUUGCGGGUGGGAAGCCUGUACACAUUUCCUUGAAACCAACAAAACCAAAUGAUACAACUUCUGGUGCUUGGACUCUGGAUAUGAAGGAACUGGAAGCAUUAUUCAAUCAGAACACAAAGAUUAUUGUGGUCAACACGCCAAACAAUCCGCUGGGCAAAGUGUACAAUAGGAAGGAAUUGACGGAAAUUGGCGAUUUAUGCAAAAAGCACAACGUCGUUUGCAUAGCAGACGAAGUGUAUGAGAUGAAUGUAUUUCCUGAAUAUGAACAUGUCCGGAUGGCAUCUCUCCCUGGGAUGUGGGAACGUACAAUUACUGUGGGGUCGUCUGGUAAGGCGUUCAGUCUCACUGGAUGGAAGACUGGUUGGUCCUAUGGUCCAGCUAAUUUGAUGAAAAAUCUAUUUGUUGCCCAUCAGAGCUGCGUCUACACGUGUAACACACCUUGUCAAGAAGCUCUAGCCAUUGCUGUUGAAAAAGAGAUUCCUCUUCUGGGGACAAAAGAUUCGUUUUUCUACCAGUUGGGUGCAGAUUUAAAGAUGAGAUGUGACAUUUUUGCAAAGUCGGUCGUUCGAGCAGGAUUUGUCCCCAUCAUGCCGGAAGCUGGAGCAUUUCUCUGUGCCAAUUGGAAACCAUUGGAGUCCAAGGUUGACCUAUCGUCUGAAAAGGACGAAUAUCUAGAUUAUCGGUUUGCAAAGUGGUACGCAAAAAAGUGGAAAGUUCUCGGAAUUCCUCCCUCCGCUUUUUACAGCGAGCCCCAUAAACGCGAAUGCGAAUACCUGAUCCGAUUUUGUUUCUAUAAGAAGGAAGAGACUUUGGCGAGAGCGGACGACCUGUUGACUAAAUGGGCAGAUGCCAAUAACAUUGCGCCAUAAGAGUACAUGAUGUAUGUACCUAGAACAAAAUUUGAAAUUAUGUUAUACGUGAAGGCAAAUAUUUUGAAUGUAUACCGGAAAUACAUGGGAAUUAUAACUUAAACCAAA